AUGAGCACGAUGAAAGUCCACGUGCGUGACAUCCCCAAUCAGCCCAUCCUUUUGAGCAUCGCUUCACUGCGAAGCCUAGGGGCAGUGACUGACUAUGGCAAGAACCAGAUGAUCCUGACACGUGUGGACCCUCAGAGCGUCAUAGACCUGGAGACAACUCCGAAUGGUGACCCUGACUGGGAACGAGACCAUUCCUCGACUUCUGGCCCUAUGGGAAAUCAAGCAAUCAUGGAACAGACCACUCCGACAGCCACCGAUCUCAUGGCGUAUGGGAAGUCGACCUCCACCUACCAAGAGGCUUUCCAGGAUCAAGGUUACGUGAACUGGUGCAAAACCAUCACUGCAGAGGACCCACAGACUUGCUGGCAAAUUCGCCGUUUUCUCAGUUGGAUGGACAAUCACUCCAAUCUGCCUCCGGGAUUGCCCAGGUCCUUUCUGAGCAAGCCCGAGCCGAAGAGCAAAGCGGCAACCAAGACCAAGGGUACUCAAGGGCGCAUCAUCGAGCCCUCGUUCUCAAGCGGCAGUGGAACCGAAACAUCGUUUGUCCAGAUCCCCAUGCAUGUAUCAGAGAUAUACUUGACAAAGCAGAGAUUCGAGAACCCCGACGACAAAGCCACCUCGGAUGAGCGACAACAGAUGAGAAGUGUUUUGGGUUGUCUAGCUUGGCAUGCGGGCCAAUUGGCCAUGGAAUGGGGUGCAGAGACACGGACCUUCAGCGGCUCAGCGGUGCUUGAGGAGGUGCAGCAGACGUCGGUGUCGGUGGGCGAACGUGGGAGCCAGGAGCUUUGGAAGUGCUGA